AAAAAAAAAAGACCAUCGCGCGCGCGCCUCGUCUCACUCCUGACGUUGCACCGUAGGGCGCAGGAACACUGCGCCAUUCUCCUCUGCAUGCUUCCCGUCUUAUGUACAUGACCGCGCCAAGACGCCAGCACCGGGGCGCGCGCGGUAAUAUCGUUCGAUGCACGCAUCAUUCAGACCCGAGAUCCGCAUGGGCUGAUCCGGAACUAAUUUGCGGCAUUUUGGGUGCAACAGCGGUUGUUCUCUGCUCUCUGCCUUCCGCGCCCACCUUGUUCACUUCCACAACAUCAACCACUCCGACCUCUCUCCACCGUGCACACUUCCUCUUCCUUAUAUCCAGCAUCAUGAAGUCUGUCGCUUUCUUCGUCGCCCUCUUCGCCGCCACGGAUGCGUGGAGGACGGUCGAGGUGGCCGAGCCCAGCUUCGGGUCGAGGUUCACGUCGAUCAAGGAAGAGGCGGACCGCUUCUCGGCGGCCUGCAGAGACGUGCUCAACGGGGAGGGACCCACCUUCACCAUCGACGUCUCCGACCACUCCCUGAGCGACGGUGUAGGUUCGUUGAACCUUGAGGGCAGAUUCCAGAGGGAGGUGGUGGACAACGUGGACUGCGGUGUAGUCUACAAGUUUAACGAGCGCCGCGGGAUGCCCACGUCCCUCUGGGUCAGCACCACCCAGGACCUCGGGGAUGACAUGACGGCGAACCUUCGCGCCGACAUGGACAUCGACUCCAAGAACGCCGUGAUCGACUGCCGCGUCAACAGCGGCCGUGACUCGGUGGCCGUCGACUUCGACACCGCCGAUAGCACGAUGGGCCCGCUCCGCAUCACCAAGCACCUCGACCUCAACGGCCGCAAGGUGAUCGUCCAGCCCACCGUGGACGUGCAGGGGAAGACCGGCGAGGUUGUCAUCGCGGCCGAGCUUGACGGCGACGUAACCUCCGCGGAGCUCACGGUGAACCACGCUGAGGACUCUGCCGUCCUCGAGGUGUGCCACCGGUUGGACGACAACAACGUCAUCUCCCCUAAGGUCGACCUCAAGACUGGCGACAUUGCGGUGCGCCUCAACCGCUCGCUGGGCGACGCGCGGGCCGUUAAGUUCACCGCGCAGAGGGAGAACGUGGACUGGGAGUACCUCGAGGGCCCGUGGGUGGUGAAGGGCAACGUACCGCUCACCAGCGACGGCUCGACCGGAGCCAUCUCGUUCAAGCGCUCCAUCACCCUCUAACUAAUAAAUGAGUUUAGCACAAGUGAUGGAUGAAUGAAUAGAUUUGAUGGAGAGAAUAGAUGAAUGGUGAUGAUGCAGUUUGUUCGGGUGUUGGUGCUUCCCAGUCGAUCGCCCCUGCUGUUGUAAUCAUUAUUGGCAUCACUCUGUUGGGUCAGUUGGUUUUUGAAGUCGUUCGCGCAUUCGAUUUUCGGGAGAGGGCGGGUGAAGGGGACUUCAUCGAAGUCAACCAGUCUGCCGCGUUUUUGGUUUCCGUAUUUUUUUCGUUUGUGCUCGUCAAUGACCACCACCGGCAGUUGUGGUUGGGUCGGGCGAGAUACCGCAAACGAAAAAUCCUUGCGAUGGCCGGCAAACCUUAACCGGCCAUUUGGGAUUCGUUCCGAGUGUGGUUUUACCGUGCGAGAGAGUGGGGCGAAGAGAAGUGGUAUACUUGCCUUUUGUAGAGUUGACUAGGCCGUGCGGCGGGGUAUUCAAAAACGCUUGGUUCUGCUAUGAGUAGAUCGCAAGGCUGACGUUUUGUUGCCCUACCUUGCCGACCAGCAAUGUAUUUUCGAGCUGACUUUGAGUGAUGGUAUACCUAGACUAGAAGCACGAGUUUAAGAGGGUAGGGGCACGGCGAGAUUCCCCGCACUCCGUGAUGUGUAGAAUAGAGGAAAGUGAUUGAUCUUCUAUAGUAACGGUGUAGAAAAAUGAAAAAACUUUUUUAUUUUAAUACAGCAAGCGACACGGGUUGUUUAUCCUCGAGGUUUGUUUGUCACCCCAGAAUGUGACUUCCACGCUGGCGCAUCAUGACACUGCGUGAAGACGUUCGCAAAGACUGCCGCCGCCGGCAGUCUUCGCGGACAAACCCGAGAAAAAAUGGUUCGUUCCAUGUUGAAAAAUGAAGCGUAACGCUAAAAAAAAAGACUUUUAAACACCU